GUGAUCAUUAACCUUUCUGGCAGUUGUCUGAGGUUCGUCAGUAGAAUGUGAGCGGAGACACGCAGACACCGCACAGACUAUUCCAAGACUGGUUUACGUUGAGAUCUGUUGCUCUGCUUUAGUGCGGCAGAAAAAUGAGGUUGCAACAAUUUCUUUUUGCGUUUCUGCUUUUCGCGAUGGGUCUUCUUCUUAUCAACGGACAGAGACCAGCUAAUUUGGCAAUGAGAAGAAAAUUGCACAGACACAACUGCAUUCAGAGAAGAUGUGUGCCUCUCCAUUCACGGGUGCCUUUCCCCUGA